GUGUCUCAUUUGAAGGUGACCUGAAUGAUGAGCAAAGAUCUGCAAGUCCCACACGUGGGAUUCUCAAGCGUAGCUCCACAUUCGACGACCGGCAACGCCAGACCCAAGACCAGCCUGGUAUGAGCCACAUGUCCAGGGGGCGUGGUCAGGGUGCUGGGAGGGUCAUGCCCGGGGGCAGACAGACCCAGGGGCAAGGCAUGAUGAUGGCUGCGGCAAGAUCACCAUCGCCCAACAAGUCCCAGGCAAGACGUAGGAUGCCACUGAACAGAUCCUCGGAGCUACAGGCAUCUGGUGGCUCAAUGGAGAACUCUGGAGGCUACUAUGGAAGUGACCAUGGCACCAGAACGAUGACCCCAGACCAGAUGAACAUGGAUGCUCUUAUCCAAUCAGGAUACCUUUCACAGAGCUUCAGCCAAUCAGAAGGGGGGAGACAAACCGGCCAAUCAGAACGCUCGUCUCUUAGGAGCUCAGCAGAUAUGAGAGGAAGCAGAGGGCAGGGUAGUCUGGGAUACUCCUAUGGGUCAGAGGGGUCAAUGACCUUAUCUGAAAUCCAGCGCCUAGCAACCCAGGGUACUGGAAAGCUUCAGAUGUCCUUGACCUUGCCAACGGGUCAGGAGGAAAGUGAUCUUUCAGAGAUUGACAUUACCGACAAUGGGAACACAAAGUGAUUGAUGCAUGUUAGUUAAGCAUUUCAACAUUCCAACGAGUAACUAACUCAGUAAGAAAGUAGAUGUCUUUAUAAUCAUACAUGCCAUACAUUUUCAGACCAAUUCCGGGACAUUGCGCUCAAUAUUCCGGGACUUUUGCAGAUUUUCUGGGACAUGUAUACAUAUAGCGAUAUAUAUAUAGACAUAUAUGCAUUUUUGGCACGCAUUUUUUUCACAUCGUAAAUUGAGUACAUUACUAACAAACAUGUUAUUAGCAUCUAAAUUGAUUUUAUGCAUUGUUGAUUUUCACAGGCAUUUCAUUAAUCUUUUCUAAGUGUAUGAUCUCCAUCGUUAAUUCGAUCUUUAUUUGCCAUGUUUGCCGAGUCACAAUUUAUUUUCGUUGAAAUGAUGUAAGGGGCAGGUGCGCCUAGCAACGUUAAAUCGUAUAAUAUAUCCGCCUAAUAGGCGAUUCGCAUUUUGUUUAAUUAGUAUACGUUACAGUAAUUGUUUCAAUAAUUAAUUAUCUUAAAGACGAUAAAGUUACACUUUG